AUGUUAACGAACAAUACCAAUCUUGCUGGUAGAAGUAACGAUACCUUUGAAUACAUGGAAUUCCGUGUUUUUAAGAUAGCACUGUACGUUGCAAUCUUCACAUUUAGUUGUGUCGGGAACAGUUUAGUGGCCAUUGUGAUCAUUGGGGCCAGAGGAAUGAGGACAACUCCAAACCUUUUGAUCCUGAAUUUGGCUUUAUGUGACCUCUUGACACCCGCUUUAAGCAUUCCGUUUGAUUUAGCUUUGGAAGAACUUAACCAAGAGUGGCCGUUUGGUAGGGUGAUGUGCAAACUUUUGUGGCCAUUUCAGACGGCCCUUUCCACAUCAUCAUCUUUAACUUUAGCAGUUAUUAGUUUGGACAGAUUUAAAGCGCUUGCAAAGCCAUUGAGCGAACGCCCAUCAUCUAUCCGAGUUGUGAAGACUGUUGUGGCAAUUCAUGUUUUCUCCAUCAUUUUAUGCACUCCUUAUUUUAUUGCUUUGCAAUACAACAGCUCUCCAAGGUCCUGCGCUGAAACUUGGACAAAACCGGGCUACAGACAAGCUUAUACCAUUGUGCUGUUUCUGUUUCAAUUUGCUCUUCCUCUGGCAACUAUGUCUGCAUCGUACCUGCUUAUUUAUCGAAGCUUACGUUCGAACACGACAAGGCUUUUUUCCGAGAGCACCAAAAACCACAGACACGAACGUCGCAUCAUCAACAAAAACUCGACUUCAAGCAAGGAAGAAAGCGAAUUUAAACGAAGGGAACAGAACAUUCGCUUAGCAAAAAUGUUCGUUAUCGUUGUAGUGGUAUUUGCAAUAGGCAUGUCUCCCAAUCAAUUUUUAUGGCUUUGGGUAGACUUUGGACGUGGCGCAAAGCACAGAUUGUUUCAUUACAUUUCUGUAGUAAGCCGUCUGUUCACCUACGCCAACAGUGUGUUGAAUCCGUUCAUCUAUGCUUUGAAAAGCAAAGAAUUUAGGUCUGGAUUUGCAAGGAUUGGACGCGCAGGUAUGAAGCCCUUGAGAAAGAUAAGCACUGAUACAAGGAAAUUUGUUCUCAAAAAGGUCAGCAGAAGUGCGAGUCAGGGCCUCGUCCCAGAAACAGCCGAAGUCCAUCCAUUAACAUUCAUUCAAAAUGGCGACGCCGGCAGAGAUGUUGCUACUGAUUCGAGAGGAGCCAAGGUGUCGAAUAACGACCCCGUGGAAAACAUAUGUGCUUCACACAAAAUAUUAUUCCUUGAGACUCUCUCAAAACCUGGAGCGCACAAUUUUUUCAAAGAGCUUCGCGAAAGCUCAUGUUGAAGGCAUUGUGAAUGAAAGUCCGGCCAUCAGGCAUUAUUACAUUCACCUCGAUAGUGAAAGAACUCUCGUUCCAAUCCUGCCCCUAAUCUCAGCUGAAACGAUUACAAGAAAUAAAUAAUGAUAAACGCAGCUGGGAAAAAUUAAAAGAGCCGAAUAAAAUGUGUCGUUUCAAAACCUGCCGGGUUGUCCGUCGUAUACAACCCUUUUAAAAUAGUUUCCUUUGUAAUUCCGGAAAUGUUCAAAAUAUCGGAACAGGCUUAAUGCGAUAUUUGAUUUAUUAUCAUGAAAUAAGAAAUGAUCUUUGAGGUCAAAUUUUAAUUACAUUUAUAAGAAUUAAAUAGAUUUUCCCCAGGGUUCAAGCCUGUGACCUCAGAUCACAGUGAUCUUUCAACUGAGCUAUGCCUUCUAUGAUCUGUCGCUGUGUCUGGAGGUCGGAGCUUGGGAUCCCAGCUGAACCAGAAAAUCGUUCACGCUUUCGCUAUAUAUAACUCAGCUGCAAACAUUACCAUUUACUUACUCUUCUUUUGGGCGCAUUUUAUCGAUAUAUGAUUUGUAUGUGCAAUGGGUUUAUAUCCUGUCGUAACAAACGCUAAAUUGACAAAACUGGACGUUAAACUGAAGUACUUAAGUUUCAAGAUGUAAAUUAGUAAGUUAGAGUCGCACUUUGAGGUAUAAGGUAUUUGUUUUCGUUAGGGAAGUGUAACAACCUUUGAGGAGAAACAAGCAAGCCUGGAAUUUACGAGAUAAGCGACAAGGGAAAGGUGAAACAGACCGAUAUCAGGAUGGUGCCCGUAUCCAAAUUCCCUCGUAGUUCCUCCGCCUCACCAUGGAUUUACGUGAUACUUAGGUUUCAUCAGGAAACUGUGAUGAACAUGAAUAGAUAAAUUUAAAGCCAAAGGAACGCCAUACUACGGCAGAAAUACUACUCGAUAACGUUUUACCUAAGCUGCAGCACCUAUAUUCUCAUCUUUGAUACCUACCGGGUUCCUCAACCAGUCACUUGUAUCCUCUUUAUUUUCAAGCUUAAUUGUUUAAUGCCGUUUAGAGCAAUUUUCAAUUUUGCUUUGAAAGUAAUCCGGGAUUGCGUUGGUUUUGCUUUACUCCGGAAUGCGAUUAGUCCAGAAAACUCGUUCAACCCUCUCAACCAAUCAGAUUAAAAGAUUAAGCCACUGGUGACUCCCCACUCGCGUUUUUCUCGUGCAAUGAGCAGUUCGCUUGUUUUUACUUUGAAUUUUCAUUAGCUUAUUGUUAUAUUAUGUCUGCCCUGAUUGGCUGAUGAAAUGAUUAAUGAAUGAGAGGGUUAGUUUCUAAGAGAACUGUGGUGCUGCGCCGGUGGAAGAGUAUAACAGGGUAAUUUAGUAUCAUCAACUGAGUUGAUAACAUUAACUGGCCACCGUAAAGAGUUUAAAAGCUGAAGUUUCGAGCGUUAGCCCUUCGUCAGAGCGACUGGGAUCGAACACAAUUACUCUGACUAGGGGCUAACGCUCGAAAUGUCAGCUUUUAAACUCUUUACGGUGGCCAAUUUAUGCUAUCAACUCAGUUGCUAAUACUGAAGUACCCUGGUGACAUGAUUACUUUGGUUUUGACAGAGUGCGCUAUAGUCCAUAUAGAUUUUUCAUUUCUGUCACUGCCGUCCUUGAAAUCUAACACUUGGGUUUCUCUUGUAGUUGAACCAAAGUAGUAUUUUUUCAUGGCAUUCGCGUAAGUAUAGGCGGGUCAGCGGGUGUGGGAAAUCCAAUAACAAUGACAAUAGUAAAAAUUCGACAGAUUAGUCUAGUAUGAAAUUAGCUGGGCGGUGAUAUGUGCAUUCCAAAGAUCGUACCCCUUCAAAUUUUGUUCUGCUAUAAUCAUGAUUCGGCGCACGACUAGUCUGAGACGUGACCUCAACUUGCUGACUUUCUGCCAGCCGAUGCAUACACAGAUACGGGGCUGAAAUUUUGACAACCUAAUUCGAGUGUUAAUCCGAUCCCUUUUUUAGAAAUAGUCAAAGCUAUUUAAAACAUCAUUGUAGUCUUAAAAGCUUCCGACAGACGACAUGGAUUAAGGUAUUACUAACAAUUCAGUUGAUUAUGAUUUCGACACACCCACUUUCCUACACUGAAGCAUAAGUUUCCUAUAGUUAGCUUACCACAACGCUGAAAUGGCCUUUGAGUAGAGCUUUGAUUAAAACAAUAAUGAGUCGAAUUCCUGUUUGGCUGCAGUGCGGUCUUGUGGUUAGGCCAUUCAUUGUGCACUUUUGCCAAAUGUGGUUUGGGAUUGUCCCUACUACGUGUUACUAAUAUUCUAGAAAUCAGCUUAAUUAAUUCUUGAAGUGGAUCAUUGUUAUUUGGGUAUCUGGAUGCUCCGCAGAUGGUGAAUGACUAGGUUUUUUUCGGCAAAAAAGUGGAGUGGGCUGUUUUGCUUCUCAUUCGUUCACCAACAGUAUUUUAUUGAAGGUAGUCUCUCAUAACAAAAUGAAGAAACCCUUGACGUCCACCGAAUGAUUUUAAAUGACUUCGUCAGGUAUUACGAUGAAAUGAUCUAUCCUUUGAUUAGUCAGCGAUAUACAAAUCAAUCACUCGUGUGACCCUAGUAAGCGCGCCUUCCUUUUGUCACAAUUGUGCGGAAACUUGUUGAUGUUUUAAUAAAGUUUAAAUGGUGUUCUUACUUUGAUGAGUUUAUGAGAGCCGCCUUUGAUGUAUCCCCACGUAUUUGCAAGACAAGUCACGUCUUUUGUGCCGCGUAAAUAUAUUGAUUUUUCUUUCACUGUCAAACAACGGAGCAGGAAUUUCACUACUAUUCGCCUUUCCUUCGCCCCCAAAUUCUUGGAGAGCCACUUUCUGCUAAUCUGUUUUUCUGUUUGUUUUUUUAAUACCUCCUGCUAAGAUCUCAUUAUUUAUAUGUCUUUGUAUUAUUGUAUCGGCGCCUGUCUGGUUCAUCAAUAGUAACUGCGUGGUUUUAGUUUACUAAAGGAACAAACCAUGUAAAGGUCACUGGUUUAAGUAUGUUGCAUUUAUCGAUCUCAUCGUCCGGAUAUGACGGCGUCUGGCGUCGGUGGGCAAACACUGAGACCAUGAAUAGACCACGAAUUCAAAUCGCCCGUCUCUUGCCAUUCCGUCAGUGCCUUUAGUGGCGAACAGCUAUUACGCGCUGAUUUCAUCGGCCAGUCUUUCGUAACUGUCUCGGUAAACCUAAAGGAGGGCACGUAACAAACACAACCGUCAUUUUUUGUGUUGAGUGUAUCAUUUGAAAAUGGCUGUAAAUGAAAGCACCAUGGCAAGUAAUAUAACUGGUGUCCUAUCCAACUUGGAAUAUCUAGAGUUUCGAGUGGUUAAGGUAUUACUGUACGUUUUAAUCUUCAUUUUAAGUUGUAUCGGCAACAGUUUGGUCGUAACCGUCAUCUUAAGGGCCAAAGGAAAAAGGACACCAGCCAAUCUGUUGAUUCUGAACUUGGCCGUGUGUGACCUCGUCAUUCCAGCUCUGAGCAUUCCCUUUGAUUUGGCCCUGGAAGAAUUGAACUACGUUUGGCCAUUUGGAAGAGCUAUUUGCAAAGUUUUGUGGCCAUUCCAGACGGCGUUUUCAACUUCCUCUUCGUUGACUCUGGCAGUCAUCAGCUUAGAUAGGCUUAGAACUCUUGCGAACCCGUUUGCUAAACGUGUCUCGAUGGAAACGAUGGUGAUGAUUGUGUGCACUAUACACGCUUUCUCAAUUGGCUUGUGUAUUCCCUAUUUCAUCGCUUUGGAACUCAACGACAAAGAAGACUCCUGCGAUGAGGACUGGCCAAGUUUUGGCCAUAGACAAGCAUAUACAGUUGUAUUGUUUCUGUUCCAGUACGCCUUACCUUUAAUGACAAUGGCUGUGGCGUACUCUCUCAUACAUCACAGCUUGCGAGCAAGCACGAAAAGAUUAUUCUCUACAGAUAAGCAAAGCAAAAGAUCCUUCAAAAGACCAUCAUCGACCAUCAGUGAUAAAAAUAUUGAAUUUAAAAGGAAAGAGCAGAACAUUCGUUUGGCAAAGAUGUUUGUUCUUGUCGUCGUUGUGUUCGCCAUCAGCAUGUUCCCGAAUCAAGUUCUUUGGAUUUGGGUGGACUUCGGAAAUGGCGCCAACAACAAAUUUUUUCAUUAUAUUUCUGUAGCGUGCCGUAUUUUUACUUACGCUAAUAGUGUGUUAAACCCGUUCAUUUAUGCCUUGAAAAACAAAGAAUUCAGGUCCGGGUUUGCAAAGAUUGGCCGCACAACCAUGAAGCCCUUGAGAAAGAUUAGCAACGAAACCAGGAAAUACGUUCGCAAAAUCAGUAGGAACGCCAUUUUAGAUAGCUCAAGCCCAGCUCGUGUGAAAUAUUUUGCAGGCCGGGAUGAUACACUAAGCGAUUUAGCCACAAUCGUAGGGCCCGCGAAUUGUUCUGAAUCAACAAAUAUUUCCCAACCUGCUAGACACCGUAAUAGAAAGAGUCCAUGUUACGAAAUUCAAGGCGUAAGACUUUCACUAAAUUUAGCUGCAGGGCCCAUUCGGCCAAUGCUAUCAAACGACUCUCCUGUUCGAUUUUGUUGGGAUGGCACGGAGCCCCUACGAGAAAUUGUUCGCAGAGACUGUUUAAAUCCUAGAAUCCAUGGCAAUUCAGAGACUGCGCGCUCUUUCGAUGAUGCAAGAAUGAUUUCGGAGGCAUGGAAACCUUCAGCGUUACACGAUGUACUUCGGGAACUUCCCGAAACGAAUUGUUGA